AUGGCACAGCCCCGACUCACCGACUUCUUCGCGCGCCGCCGCCCCGGGCUCCGCGCCGCGCCGCCGCGGGUCAAGCCGGUCUGGCGCACCCCAAGCCCCGCCAAGCCCGCGCCCGGCGCCCCGGCCCGCACCCCGGGCGGCAGCCGCAACCGCAAGCGUGCCCGCCCGCCCGCCGAGCCCGCGCGCGACCACCCUGCGCCGCCCGCGCGCCGGAGGCUGCGGCUGCCGGCCGACACGGUCUCGGAUCCCGCUGACCCGGCUGACCUGACUGCCCCAGCUGCCCCCGCCGACCUGGCUGACCCCACUGUCUGUGCUGCCCCUGCUGCCCCCGCUGCCCCCGCUGCCCCCGUUGAUCCGGCUGCCCCCGCUGUCCCCAGCUCCCCAGAGCAGGCCCCUCUCUCAGCAGGUCUACAGCCCUGCCUGGCUGCUCAGGAGAAGGCUUCCUCAAAAGUCACUUUUUCUGAGCUCAAGUCGUGCCUACAGCGGGCACGGGAGCUAGGGGCCCGGGCCCAGGAGCUGAGGGCAAGUGCCCAGAGGAAGGAUGCUGGGGAACCCAGCGUGCCCGAGGACCAGGGGCACCCAGCAGGGCCAUGUGGACAGAAGGCCCCUGCCUACCAGCGCUUCCAUGCCCUGGCCCAGCCAGGGCCCCCGAGCCUCGUGCUUCCUUACAAGUACCAGGUGCUGGCGGAGAUGUUCCGCAGCAUGGACACCAUCGUAGGCAUGCUCUACAACCGCUCCGAGACCGUAACCUUUGCCAAAGUCAAGCAGGGUGUCCAGGACAUGAUGCGCAAGCGCUUUGAGGAGCGCAAUGUUGGUCAGAUCAGAACUGUGUACCCUGCUUCCUACCGCUUCCGCCAGGAGCGCAAUGUCCCCACCUUCAAGGACGGCGUUAAGAGGUCUGAUUACCAGCUUACCAUCGAGCCGCUGCUGGACCAGGAGGCUGGCAGCGCGGCGCCCCAGCUCACGGCCUCGCACCUCCUGCAGCGCCGGCAGGUCUUCAGCCAGAAUCUGGUGGAGCGCGUCCGUGAGCACCACAGGGCCUUCCUGGCCUCCCUGAACCCUCCUAUGGUGGUGCCCGAGGACCAGCUCACACGCUGGCACCCACGCUUCAACGUGGAUGAGGUGCCUGACAUCGAGCCGGCCGAGCUGCCCCAGCCGCCCACCACGGAGAAGCUGGCCACCGCCCAGGAGGUGCUGGCCCGUGCCUGCAGCCUCCUGUCGCCCAGGAUGGAAAAGGCCCUGAGUGACCUGGCUUUGCGUACGGCUCAGCCCAGCAGCCCUGGGUCCCCCAGCCCUGCCCUGCUGGCCGCCCCACCGGCCGCCCCGCCUGCGGCCCUGAGGGGGUUGUCCCAGGACUUGCUGGAGAGGAUCCGGUGCAAGGAGAAACGGAAGCAGCUGGCCCAGAUGACGCGGCGGCCAGAGCAGGAGAUGCGCCUGCAGAGGCUGGAGCGGCUGCCCGAACUGGCCCGUGUGCUGCGCGGCGUCUUCGUGUCCACGCGGAAGCCAGCGCUCACCAUGGAGGUGGCCUGCAGCAGGAUGCUCGGCAGCUAUCCUGCAGCCAUGAGCCCCGGGGAGAUGGAGCAGCACGUGCGGCUCCUCUCCGAGCUGCUGCCCGACUGGCUCAGCCUCCACCACAUCCGCACGGACACCUACGUCAAGCUGGACAAGGCUGCUGACCUGGCAGAGGUCAUCACACGGCUGGCCCGCCUUGCCCGCGCGGAGGCGGCGCUGUGAGCGCCUCGCAGACAUGGGCUUCCAGUCCCUGGCCCGGCCCGCUGUGUCUGUUUUACUCCCUUUAGGAACACCAUGCACUUUUCCCCCUUCUGAACUCCCCACCAGGCUCUCUGGGCAGUAGGC